GCCUACGGCGGCAAAUACAUACGCAAGUGUGUUUGGAAAAAUUCACACAUAUUUAACGGUGAUUAUUUUCCAAGAUAUCCAACAAGCAGAGUCGAAUUCUCCUUUUUGUGUUUGACAGCAGCGCCAGCGCGCUCACACGCAUAGCAGUUCGGCCGCCAGUCAGCCCAGCCAACGUGGAAAUUCAUUUGGUGCUGUUCGCAUCGCAGCGUCACACUGAUUUUCUUUACUUUCCUCCUUUGCUGAACGAAAUUUACACCAAAAAUGGCUGGGGGUGGGCGCACAGCCGGCAAAUACGGAUAUUCCGACAACAGUUACUACAGUGGCCACUCCUACAAAAGCAUCAACGAUGAAAUUAUUUGGGUGAGCAUCGGCAUGGGCGUCACCAUAAUUGUCCUAAUCACAAUCGCACUCUGCUACAUUGCUUACGAGAAAUGCCACAAGAAACGCGAAUAUUACAUUAAUGCAUAACGUGGCAUGCCACACUGCGUGCCAAACACCUUCGAAACGUUGAAUUUCAAAAGCAACUUGCAGCUAUUAACGCCAACCAACGCCAGCAGCAGCACCGCCACCACCGCCACCACCACCACCACCACCACCAAACAGUGCAACACGGGCCUCGCUCGUAACACAUGCAAUAGCAGCGAAGUUGCAACAACGUAACCAAAAACUAUGUAACGUAUUUGCCAAGCAUAAGUGAGUGUGGUAACGGUACAUUGCUAUGGCAAUAAGUGCAGAAAGUAGAAUAAGUAGCGGAAGCGGAAAGUUAAAACAAGGUAGCGCAAAAAAAAGAACAUGAAAUGUAUAUGUAGAGGCAGAAGAGGGGAAGGGGGAAAAACUAAAGGAACGUGCAGUUACAUGCUUUGCGAAUUCUAACCGCAACAGGAAAAACUUCGAAUGGCGUGGGAGAAGCUGCCUACCACCACCAACCAUCGGAAACAAACCGCCUUCAAACAAAAAAAACGGAAUAAAAAAUUUUCGCUGCAAUUUUCUUUUUAUGGGCAAAUGUAUGUAUGUAUGCAUAUAUGUAUGUAUGCAUGUAUGUAUGUAUACAGUAUAUGCGAAUAUCUACAAGUAAAUACCGCAGAUUUCUAUGUAGCAUACCGAACUUAUGUACAUUUUGCACAACGAAAUAGAGCAGCGCCCGACGACCCAGUAAAUCGUAAUGAGCUAAACAAAAAAGCGCAGAAUCGCACACGAAAUUGCAUUUUAAACACAGUGUUGCAAAAUGAGGGAAGCAUUACAUUUUGCAACCGUUACAGUAAUGACAACAAUGACACUGGCGAUUUGUUGACGAUGCUGCCCUUUUGGCCAUCAUGAAGGAUUUCCAACAGGAUGCAAGCAGCGCGCAUCAACUCUCCUCUCCGGCAACACACAAAACGGAAGCGAAUCGGCGAAGUCCCAAUAAAAUAAAAAUGAGCACACACAUACAUGGCAUACAUACACUUAAAAGAACUUAUGUUGCAUAUUUAGUAUAAUGCAAACACACAUAUACAUACAUACAUACAUA